CUGCGACCCAACCACUGUCACAAAAUUUCGCUAAUAUUUCUCACCUGCGUCUCUCCAUCUUCUUCUUCCAUCGACCAUUUUCGGCUUCUUUGCCAUCUUGAUCCUCCAUUCCCACUUUUCAAAACCAUGGAGAACAAGCCCACCUUCAUAGUCGAAGAGAGGAAAGAGCUCUUGCUCUCUCCGAACGGCGACGCGCCCCCUGCUCUCAGAACGGGUCACUUCCUCAAACCCUCCGCGACAGAGGCCGACCCGCCGCCUCCUCCGCUCUUUUCGACCUUAUCGCCGCCGAAGAAGUUGCCCAUCGGCGUCAACUUCGACAACUGGCGUCGCCCAACCAAGAGCUGGACCGCGUGGGUCGAUAGCAUGGAGUCCGCGCACGGUCUUACAUGGAAAAGAGCCGGCUUUUACGAGGCCAUUAAGUGUUCGACGUUCCUGAUCCGAAAACACCCUAGCUUAGUCCUCGGGCUUGCUCAGCAUUGGUGCCCCGACACGAACACCUUCGUUUUCCCCUGGGGCGAAGCCACCAUCACGCUCGAAGACGUGAUGGUCUUAGGGGGUUACUCGGUUUGGGGAUCCUCCCCUGUUUUUAGCCAUCUCAGGGACCUCUCGGGGGAGGUUGAGAUGAAGCUGAGGCGAGCGAUGUCCGAGAUAUCAAAAACCACAGCGAAGAAGGCGGACAGCUCCAAGUGGAUGGAGAAGUUUAGGGACACUGGGAGCGAUAUUGAGCACGAGGCCUUCCUCGCGUAUUGGCUGUCGAGGUUUGUGUUCCCGAGCACUAGCAAUGUGAUUGCUGUGAGACAACUGCCAAUGGUGGUAGGUCUGGCUAGAGGCGCAAGGAUUGCGCUCGCGCCCGCUGUUUUAGCUCGUGUUUACAGAUAUUUAACUAGGCUGAAGAAUGUUUUAGAUGGAAAUGAAGCGGAUACUUGGAUAAGAGUGUCGGUACCGUUUGCUUUUGUUCAGAUAUGGGCUUGGGAGAGAUUUGGAACCCCCAUCAGGCCAAAUCCUAGAGAGGUUCCUCUAGGGGAGCCUAGGUUGGGUCGAUGGCACAAAUUGAAAAAAUCCAACCUUCAAAAUGUGCAUUCCAUGAUGGUCGAAGCAGGAGUGGAUUUUAAAUGGCGUCCCUACAGCUUAGCCGUGAAUAACUUGGCGUCCUAUGCAUUUUAUGGUGAGAAAGGGAUCUGCCUGUCGCUGGAAGAGGAAGCCGAUGGAGAACUGAGGUCAUUUGCUCACUGCUUGAUGGCUUGUGAGUUGCCCGGGCUGGAUUUUGUCGAGACAUAUUCGCCUCAUCGAGUGGCCAUGCAAUUCGGGAUGGAUCAAGAUAUGCCAGGUCGAGUUGCCCCCUGUAACCAGGACCCUAAGGUUGCUUGGGACAACUACAAUAAGUCACUCCAAGGUGUGCAGUUGUACAUUCCAGCGAGGCUUUACAAACCAUGCAUAACAGCUCGCUAUGCUGAGUGGUGGGCUUCAAGGAGUUCAAAAGGAUCGAUGCAGGGUUUAAAAGGAAGUUCGGUAGUUAAUGAUGACCUGGUUCCUCUUGGUUUUCAGCCAAAAAGUAUGAGUGUGGAGACGGGUGACUCCAGCGAAAAUGAUGACGGGCUAACUCUGGAGGAACUUUUGAGGUCCACUAGGCGAAGACAUGCUGCCAGGAGCUGCUUGGUAGUCGACCGCAACAAUUGCUUGCAGAAGGAUCAAAGGCAAAGUUCCUUCUUACAGAAUAUGGGUAAAGAAGACACUGACAUUGAAAUGAGAGAGUCACCAAUGGAACCUGUCGAGAGCAAUAGGCCCCACGAUACCGCUCCUGAAGGAGCUCAAAGAGAGAACGAGGAAGGCACAAACGGAAUAGGGCAUAGCGUUGCUGAAGGAUGUUUAGCUGACGAAAAUGCGGGAAUUAGCAGUGAGCGUUUAAUGAUUGAAACCCUAGCGCUGGAUCUUGAUGCUCGGAUAAGCAAGCUGGAGAGAGCAGCUGCUGCGCGAAAAGCUCGGAUUAACAAAUGAAAAAAGAUUCUCAGAAGAAAUGCUACUUUGAUGAUUUCAUGUAAAUCAUCUACCGUCCUUCCACAUUUGUAGUUUUCGAACCGGAUAUCUCUUUUAUAUUAGUGCUCUUGACUAUCAUUU